GAGGCGCUGCUUGUCGAAUUGUCCUUUUCGUUUUCGGCGGCCGUACUUCGCGUCGUGUAAGCGAAGUACAGCACUUUUAUAUCUGUUUUGAUAUAAAGAAUCCGUUACAUUCACAAUUGUAACAAUGGUCCAAAAGAAGCCGAAGAAGAAGGUAGGGAAGAAGGUGGCAGCUGCACCACUGGCAGUAAAGAAGAUUGAACCAAAAAAACAAACUAAUCCUUUAUUUGAAAAGCGCACCCGUAAUUUCGGAAUUGGACAGGAUAUCCAACCUGCUCGUGAUCUUAGUCGCUUUGUGAAAUGGCCCAAAUAUAUUCGCAUUCAGCGGCAAAGGGCUGUGCUGCAAAAGAGAUUGAAAGUACCACCGCCGAUCAAUCAAUUCACUCAAACAUUGGACAAACAAACAGCAACACAGUUAUUCAAAAUGAUGGAGAAAUAUAGACCUGAGUCGGCUGCAGUAAAGAAAAUGAGACUGAAAGCUAGAGCUGAACAGAAAGUUGCAAAGAAGGAAGACACAACACCAACCAAAAAACCUAAUAUGGUACAUAGUGGAACAAGUACAGUAACUACGCUCGUUGAGCAGAAAAAAGCUCAACUUGUAGUGAUCGCACACGAUGUGGAUCCAAUAGAGAUAGUUCUUUUCCUGCCAGCUCUUUGCCGUAAAAUGGGUGUACCUUAUUGUAUCAUAAAAGGUAAAGCACGUUUAGGACGUCUCGUUAGGCGCAAAACUUGUACUGCAGUGGCUGUGACUCAGGUGGAUUCUGGUGAUAGAGCCAACUUCGCGAAAAUUGUCGAAGCUAUCAAGACGAAUUUCAAUGAUAGAUACGACGAAAUCCGGCGUCAUUGGGGUGGUGGUCUCUUGGGCAGCAAAUCUGCUGCCAGGAUAGCUAAGUUGGAGAAAGCAAAGGCGAAGGAACUUGCACAAAAACAGGGUUAAGAUCGUCCUGUUCAUCGGGUAUUGUUUACAAUGUACAACAAUAAAGUAUAAAAAUCGAA